GAGGAAAGGAGAGGGAGAGAGAGAGAGAGAGAGAGAGAGAGAGAGAGAGAGAGAGAGAUGGCCCUUCUAAGUCUAUGUGGACCCAAACACACCCGGGACUGGCAGAUGCCCUUCAGCGGGGGUAAAAUGAACCCUACCGUUCCCUUCAGUUUGUACGACACCGAGAUGGCCAUUCCUACCGGAUGCCAGCCAGCACAAUUCCUUCGCCGUAUGGAGAAAGGAGAGAACGGGGUGAAGAUUGAGCCGUGGCACGGGACCACAACCCUGUCUUUCAAAUUCCAGCACGGGGUGAUCGUGGCGGUAGAUUCAAGAGCCUCAGCUGGGACUUAUAUUGCAACUCUGAAGGCCAACAAAGUGAUUGAGAUUAACCCUUACUUGCUCGGCACUAUGGCUGGCUCAGCUGCAGAUUGUCAGCAUUGGGAAAGACGUCUUGCAAAAGAGUGCAGGUUAUACCAGUUGAGAAAUAACUCAAGGAUUUCCGUGUCCGCCGCAUCCAAACUCCUGUGCAACAUGAUGCUGCAGUACCGAGGGUCGGGCCUGUGUAUGGGCAGCAUGAUCUGUGGCUGGGAUAAGAAGGGUCCUGGCUUGUACUACGUGGAUGAAAAUGGCACAAGGUUAGCCGGUGACCUCUUUGCUGUGGGUUCAGGGAGUUCCUACGCAUAUGGCGUGAUGGACAGUGGAUACCGCUACGAUCUGACCCCUGAAGAGGCGUACGACCUUGGCCGCCGAGCAAUUAGCUAUGCCACACACCGCGAUGGGUCUUCGGGAGGAGUGGUCAACAUGUACCACAUGAUGGAGGAAGGCUGGGUGAAAGUCGGACAAUACGAUGUGAGCGAAUUGCUGUAUAAAUACACCGAGGAGAAGAGUCAGUAACACGAAUGCCGAAUUAAAAUCCUCUGAGACCUUAAAGGGGCUUUCCUCUUGAUCUUUAGACCUUUCCAUUCCUCUUAUCUAGAUAAUUAAAUGUUCUGUGUGACGCACAAUGCACAUUUUCAUGACCUUACCAUGCCGAAAAAAUUUGCCUCUUAUGCCACGCAUUCAUGUUUUGGUGGAGCUUCCUCUCUACUCCCCUUCCUCUACCAAUACCAACACUGAAACAUCAUCACAAAUUGCAAUAAGCGUAGAUUAAUUGGUUUGCGCAAAUGUUAUCGCGCCUACAAAAUGUGGGAUAGAUUGAUGGC